AUGGAACGUACAACAGAAAAGUCUUGCAAAUAUAUUUACAAAAUUGUUAUUGCAGGAGAUCAAAAAUCAGGAAAAAGUACGUUAUUUUCAAGAUUCACUAACUCCCCCACUCUGUGAGCGAACAAAAAACCAUUAGAAAAAUCCCUAAUUUUUGCCCAAAAACCUACCAUUUGUGAGCGAACAAAAAUUUUUUUUAUGGGAAAAAAUUUUGAUAUAUAAGUGGUAAAUAUUAUCUUGAAAAUUCGAGCUAAUUCUGUUUAAUUUUAAACAAAUUGCGUUUUAAAACAUAAAUUUUACAAAUUAAAUUAAUAUUUGCCUUCCUAUUUUUGAGAAGUGGAUUUUUUUAAAUUUCAAAAAAAUUGUUUCUUAAAAAAAAUUAACCCCCCUCCAUGAGCGAAAAAAAUUUUUUUAUUCGCUCACUGACGGGGGAUUAAGCACAAAUCGAAAUUUAAAGAGCCUCAAAGUGGAGUAAAAUUUGAAAAUUGCAACUUUCACAUGUCAUCAGGCGAAAACAUCAAAUUUCAGCUUUGAGAUAUUAUUGGAUUUAAGCAGUACCGGUCCAUAAUAAAGUCUCAUUUCCGAAGAGCUGUUGGCGCUUUCAUAGUUUACGAUAUAACCAGCGAGAAUUCUUUUAACAGCGCAAAAUCAUGGCUAGAAGAUCUCAGAAUCGCAGAACCAGAUAUCAUUAUAUGCCUGUUUGCCAAGAAUAGCCCACUAAGGAGCAAAUUUUGGUCAUUCUAAAAUUUGGUUUAGCCAGAAAAUAUGGCAUGCCAACGAAUUUGGAAAGCCAGCUAUUGUCUGACCAACCAAAAAAAAUGCUCCUUAGUGGGCUAUUCUUGGUAAAUAAGUAUAUCAAUUAUUGGAAAUAAAAUCGAUAAAGACCCUUCAUUAAGAAAAAUAAGUUUUGAGCAAGGACGAACUUUUGCUCAAGAAAAUGAUGCUAUUUUUGCAGAAACUUCUGCAAGGGAUAACUUAGGCGUAAAUGAGGCAUUUGAAAGGUUAUUUAAAAGAGUUUAUGAUGUGAAAGUAGAAAUUAUAAAAAAUGAUGUCGAGAUGAGUGACCAAAGCUCUUUAAUUAGUGAGCAGAUAAAAAUCGAGAAAAAUACAAUAACCAAAAAUUUUUGUUGUCAUUAA